GUCUCAUCUCAUGCAUCCCUCGCAUUCAGCGUCUGCUCUCUUCCUUUCAUUUCUCCCCACCUCCCCAGGAACUCUCCCUGCAUUUCGCUCCCCUCUGCUUUCUUUCUCUUCCAACACCUCUCUUCUUUUCCCCUUUGGGCUUUCUUUUUCUUCGGCUGCUGAUCUUUCUUUCCGUCCUUUCUUCCCCUUCUAUUCGUUCUUUCGUUUUGGGGGUGGUCGUUACUACCAUCUUCUGCUGACAGGCAGCGUGGGGAUCAGCGGUUGCGGCAGAGGCGUGCUAGGCCUUUCUUUUUCCUUGUUCCUUCCCCGCCUGCUUCGUUUGGGGGGGUAGCCGGGGCUACGGCCUCGGCGUUUGGUUGACGCCCCCGUUUUACGGACUCGGCCCACACACAGAGAAGAAGAAGAAGAAGCAGUAGGGGAAAGAUGCCUGCCUUGGCGUGCGUAGAUGCUGCGACUCCACCCCCUUCUCCUGGCUGCGUGUUCGCCAGGGAGACCUCUUUCCCCGAUGCUUUGCUCCCGGAGAGUUUCGCUCUCUCCGCUGGAUUCGUCAACCGCGCCACCGAAGGUUAUGAAUACGCUGGGGUAACGGCAGAGAAGGCCGCGGCUUGGUCCUCUGACCUGUCCGCGUCCCUGUACAAGAUCAACGGCUGGGGCGCGUCGUACUUCUCCGUCAAUGCGAUGGGAAACGUCUCGGUGCGGCCCAACGGCGUCGCGACGAUGCCACACGGCGAGAUCGACCUCAUGAAGGUCAUCAAGAAGGUGACCGAGCCGAAGUCCGGCGGCGGGCUCGGCCUGCAGCUCCCGCUCAUCGUCCGAUUCCCGGACGUGCUCCGCCACCGCCUCGAGUCGCUCAACGCGGCCUUCGAGUCGGCGAUCCGGUCGCAGGGGUACAAUUCCCACUACCAGGGCGUUUACCCGGUGAAGUGCAACCAGGACCACUACAUCGUCGAGGACAUUGUCGAGUUUGGCCGGCCGUUUCGGUUCGGCCUGGAGGCCGGGUCAAAGCCUGAGCUCCUCCUCGCCAUGAGCGCGCUCUGCAAGGGGAACCCCGAAGCCUUCCUCGUCUGCAACGGGUACAAGGAUCGGGAGUACAUCUCGCUCGCCUUGAUGGCUCGGAAUCUCCGGAUCAACACCUUCAUCGUCCUCGAGCAGGAGGAGGAGCUUGAUCUGGUGAUCGAGAUGAGCCGGAAGCUCGGCGUCAGGCCGGUGAUCGGCCUGCGAGCGAAGCUCAGAACCAAGCACUCCGGCCACUUCGGAUCCACCUCGGGCGAGAAGGGGAAGUUCGGGCUGACGACGAUGCAGAUCCUUUCCGUGGUGCGCAGGCUCGAGCGCGCCGAGAUGCUCGAUUGCCUCCAGCUGCUCCAUUUCCAUAUCGGUUCGCAGAUCCCGUCCGUCGAACUCCUAAGCGACGGCGUCGGUGAGGCCGCUCAGGUAUACUGCGAGCUCGUGCGCCUCGGCGCCGGGAUGAAGGUGCUCGACAUCGGCGGCGGGCUUGGGAUUGACUAUGAUGGCACGCUGUCGAAAACGUCGGAUAUGUCCGUCGGAUACAGCCUGGAGGAGUACGCAGCCGCCGUGGUUCGGUCUGUCCAGGACGCCUGCGAUCGGAAGUUCGUCAGGCCUCCGGUGCUCUGCAGCGAAAGCGGGAGGGCGCUGGUCUCUCACCACUCUGUUCUCGUCUUCGAAGCCACUCCAUCUCUGCCAACCCUGAAGGGAGCUACCCCUGGGCAGCACGACCUCAGGUUCCUCAUGGAAGGUCUCUCCGACGAGACCAGGUCUGACUAUCGCCGCCUGUCAGCAGCUGCCGCCCGCGGUGAUUAUGAUACCUGCGUGGCCUACACUGAGAGGCUGAAGCAGAGGUGCGUAGAGGAGUUCAAGGAAGGAUCACUCGGGCUCGAGCACCUGGCUGCCGUCGACGGGCUUUGCGAGCUCGUCGGGAAGGUUGUCGCUCAUGCGAAUGACGCGGCCGACGAUCAGCCGGCUGUCCGCUCCUACCACGUGAACCUCUCGAUUUUCAAGUCGAUACCGGACCUCUGGGCCAUCGAGCAGCUCUUUCCCAUCAUGCCCAUCCACCGGUUGGACGAGAGGCCUGCCGUCCGCGGCGUCCUCUCUGACCUGACGUGCGACAGCGACGGGAAGGUGGAGAAGUUCAUCGGCGGGGGGCGGAGCCUGCCGCUGCACGAGUGCAGGAAGGGCCAGGAUUACUACCUGGGAAUGUUUCUGGGAGGUGCCUACCAGGAGGCGCUGGGGGGCUUGCACAACCUGUUUGGCAACCCCAACGUGGUGCGCGUGGUGCAGAGCGACGGCCCGCAAUGCUUCGCCGUCACGGGUACGGUGCCGGGGCAGUCCUGUGCCGACGUCCUCCAGGCGAUGCAGUACGAGCCCGCCCUUAUGUUCGAGGUGCUCCGCGCUAGGGUCGAGGAGUGCUUCCACGACGGAGCUGCCGCAGAGCAAGAGGAGGAAGAAGACACAGUGGCGCACAGCCUUGCGUGCUCCUUCCAUUCCACCCCGUACCUUGUGGCCACGCCCGUCGCGGACGAUGACGAAUGGGCCCAUUACUAUGCUUAGCGCUUCGUGUCCUUCUUCCCCUGAAUACACAAUAUCAGAGAUUAGCCUCAAGGCGGUUCCAUCGUCGUUGUUUUAGACGAAGAAAGUCCAUACAGUUGCCAUUAUUUUUUUUUUUGUAAUUUCUUUUUUGUUCUUUUCAUACAAUAAGUUCAGAUAACAAGGGGGUCAAAGAGCCCUCCAUGUAUCUCUUUCCCCCCUUCUUCCUCUUUGUAAAGAGGCAGUUCAGGAAAAGACGUGUUUAUCAAAGGCUUGUGGUUCUGGUUCA